UCGACAGUCUGGUUACGGCAGUGCUGUGAAGAGGCAAGAAGAAUGCCGCCCAAAGCAGACGGGCUGGGAGGGGAAGCGUCAUCUGCAUCCUCGUCUUCGUCAGCAGAUCAAUCACCAGCAGCAUCCCAACCGCAGUCGCAAUCACACGCCCAUUCGAGGAACACGUCCAAUACGAGCAAUCGAUUCAAUGCCCAUGCACCGGUAACCCCAAGCGGCCUGCGACGAGCCCGUCUGCCCUCAGACACUUCCUCUUCCCCCGAAGAUACCAUGCGUUCCCCACCCUAUCGCGACGACCCUGCAGACCAUGCCUCGUUCCACUCUGACAACGAUCCUGCCUCCGUCACUGCACACACGCGCCUCUUGAACCACCACAAUUGGGACGCUUCUUACUGCGGCGAUCCCAACUGCAAUCAUGGAGCCAUGUCACCUCGCCCCGACACAGCUCGCAGCUACGGCAGCUUCAAUUCCGCCGCUGGUUUUGGCGGCCCUUUUCCGGGAAGCAUCGAUGCCCGUACAGGAGAACCGAACGACGCCACACGUGCGCUUUUGGGGGAUGCUGUAGCAGACCUCUUGGGUGGGGAUAGAGACAACGACAGUGCCAAACUGAGCACCACACGAUUUUUGGCUCAACAACAUGGUGUCAAGCACAAGAAGAUGAUGUAUCUGGCCUACUACAUUCCCAUAUUGAACUGGGCUCCUCAGUACAAAUGGCGCUACUUCAAGGGCGACUUCGUUGCUGCUCUUACCAUGGCCUCUUUCUACAUCCCCAUGGCUCUCUCCUACGCCAACAACCUCGCACACGUGCCGCCAGUCCACGGGCUCUAUAGUUUCGCCAUCAACCCCCUCAUAUAUGGCAUACUUGGUUCCUGCCCUUUGAUGGUCGUGGGCCCCGAGGCGCCCGGUUCUCUUCUGACUGGCGAGGUGGUUCGUGAAAAUAUCAAAAAGGGCACGAGCGGCGAUCAAGACGGUCGCCUGAAUGCCGAGAUUGCUGGCAUUGUCACUUGUCUAGCAGGCGCCUUCAUCUUCACUGCAGGCUUGUUUCGACUUGGGUUCUUGGACAACGUGCUCAGCCGGCCCUUCUUACGAGGCUUCAUCAGUGCCAUUGGCAUCGUCAUUUUCAUUGAUCAACUGAUACCCAUGAUGGGGCUGGCAAAAAUCGCUGCUGACCAGGUCUCGCACGGGAGCUGUCUGGACAAGAUGUUCUUCCUGGUACGAAAUGUGGGCAACGCUCACGGCCUGACAUGUGCACUUUCCUUCACAGCCUUCGCCAUCAUUAUGUUCUUCAGGGAGUUUAAGAAAAGGCUACAGUCUCGUUACCCUUCCGUCGCGUACAUACCUGAUCGUUUUGUCGUGGUCCUGCUGUCUGCAAUUAUUGUAGGUACACUUCGUCUCGAUCAACGUGGUGUUGCGAUUCUGGGUCAAGUCAACUCGAGCGGUGCCGUCUUCUCCGUUCAUUUUCCGUUUGAGACAUCGCACCUCAAGUAUGCCUCGGACGCUAUCAACACGGCCCUCAUUAUUGCCCUUCUUGGCUUUUUCGAGUCCUCAGUAGCAGCGAAAUCGCUGGGCAGCGGCGAUGCAAAGGGAGGCGUGCAGAUGCCGCUCAGUGCGAACCGCGAGCUCAUUGCCCUUGGAACCGCCAACAUGACAGGCGGACUUUUCAUGGCACUGCCAGCCUUUGGCGGAUACGGACGAUCCAAAGUCAAUGCCUCAACGGGAGGUUUGACUCCCAUGAGCAACAUUCUUCUCUCGCUCAUCACUAUCCUGUGCACCUUUUUCAUGCUUCCGUAUUUUUACUACCUUCCAAAGGGCGUCCUGUGCGCCAUGGUCUCGGUUGUGGCAUACUCGCUCGUCGAAGAAGCACCGCACGACAUCAAAUUCUUCUGGCGGAUUCGCGGAUGGUCCGAACUACUCCUCAUGGGUAUCAUCUUCUUCAUUACCAUAGUGUGGGACCUGAAGCGGGGUAUCGGAGUUGGAAUCGGAUUGUCUAUCCUGCGACUGGUGCGACACUCUACGCGGCCACGGAUUCAAAUCUUGGGUCGGGUACCAGGGACGACGGACCACUUUGCCAACGCAGAACUGGAUCCAGACAACAUUGAGUUUAUUGAGGGAUGCCUCAUUGUCAAGAUCCCGGAACCUUUGACGUUUGCCAACACGGGCAACCUUAAGAACCGGCUGAAGCGUCUCGAGGACCAUGGGACCAACGCUGCGCAUCCCGCGCUUCCACGUGUGCGGCGCGAGGAACACAACAAGAACAUCAUAUUCGACGUGCAUGGGGUCACAUCGCUGGACGGGGCAGGCGCUCAAGUUUUGUACGAAAUUGUCGAGUCGUAUGUCAAGCGCGACGUCAAAGUGUUCUUCUGCAGGGUUCCGCACGAGAGGAGUAGCGUGUGGGGACUGUUCGAGACGAGCGGGAUCGUCGACAUGUGCGGGGGCAAGAGACAUUUUGUCAAGAGCGUGGACCAGGCGCUUCACAUGACGGAGCUGGAGAGGCUGACGGAGGAGUAUGGAAGCGAUGGUGAAGCUUCGGGCUUUGCAUCGGGCGGAACAACGUCAGGACCGGAGAGGAGAUAGAGCCAAAGGGUGAAUGUUUUUGGAAAGCCAUUAUUAUCAUGUCAAGAGAUUUCAGUCAUAUGGUGAAUGUAAGCGGACGGUUUUGAAGUCCAAACGAAGUGUAGUAGGAUAUGUAUGUACACAGACGGAGUUGGAGGCGAUUUUGCAUAAACAAACGUACACGCAUGGUUCAGCGGCAUCAACAACAAUAAAAACAAGCUUAUUGUGACUCUUCGAGUACAGCAUUGAAGCGAAACGGGGAUGAAUUCUACCAUUGUUUUCCCAGAUGGUCUUGCAAAGAUACAAACCAAGCUUAAUUUGAUUCUUCCUCGCCGGCCUCUACAGCCGAGAU